GCAGCGAGGGGUCCGCUAGCGAAGACUCCGGGUGCGGCCUUGGCAUCCCGGCCCGGGCGGGGCGGGCAGGCGCAGGAGGCCUCCCGUGGCCGAUCCGUCCCCGCACCCUCCCUGCCUGGCCGCGCGUCUGCGACCAGCUGAUCCAAUCAAAGAAGAAAAUGAAAGGCAUUAAGAAAAGUCUUGCAGAAGAAUAUCUGUUCCUGGACUUCUCUCACCAAAUAGAAGGAUGCAUUUUCCCACUUCAUACAUCUGUGACUUUAUUUUUGUUAUCAUACUGUGACUGCAAAAUCUUUAAAGUUUACUUAGUACUCAAAAGAGAAAGUACAGAUGUUUCACUACUUAAAAAUGUACUGUCACAGGAUGUUGAAGUACAGAUUAUUUCAAAACAAGAGCUCCCACCCAUAGUCCAGAAUUGCUGUUUACCUGCAGUAGUAGAAAGACCAGACAGUUUCUGUAGAGCAGGACUUGCUGUUGUACUGAGACAUAUAAUCCAGAAAUCAUAUGAAGCAGACCCCUCGAAGAAGGAAGUUUUGGAACUUCUGGGUUUUAAAAAGACUUGCUUAAAAGCCUGUGCCGAGGUUAGUCAGUGGACCAGGCUAUGUGAACUCACCAUCCCUUUAGCUAUUGAGAAUUUUCUCAAAGAAUCUUCUGAGCAGCACCCCAGCAUCCCUGCAGAAAUUCUACAGCUGGAGAAAAAGCUUAGUGAGCCUGUUAGAGUGCACAACGAUGACAAGCUCCGUCGGCAGAAGCUGAGGCAGCAGAAGGCUGCCAGAGUGGGGCCUUCCGGUUUCAAGGAAAAAACAAAAACGAAGAGCAAGGCCCAGAGACAGGAAACAUCUGAUGCGUCGGACCCUUUGUCCAAGAGCCUGGAACUGGAAGUGGCAUUCUCAAAGCUUACGGUACAGGAAGAACCAGCUGCUCCCACCAGGGAACCGGCUCACAUAAGAAAAGCAAAGGCCUCUGACCUGCCCCCUCUGGAGCACGUGUUCGCAGAAGGCCUUUACUUCACUUUGACAGACAUCGUGCUCUUGCCCUGUGUCCAUCAUUUUUUGUUAAUUAUCUGCAAGAAACUUUCUGAAAGGCUGACAGAAUUUCCACUGCUGGCUGCGUGGUACCAAAGGAUUCAGGAAGUGCCAAGAGUAAAAACAGCAGCUUCUCAAUGUGGGAUCCAGUUUUGCCCUUUACCAGAGUUGCUGACCACGUCAAAUGAACAGCACACAGGCUUAAAUGAAGACCCGGGUGGAGAGGAACAAAAUGAUCCUUCAUUUAUAGGAGGCCCACGGCCCACAAUGACCAAGUUAAUGGAAAAAGGCAUUGAAGUGAUGUUUUCUCCUCACCCUUGUCCUACUUGGACCAUUGAUUGGAAUAGUCUUCCUGCAGCAGUGAGCCCAAAAGAAGGUAAAAUGUCCAGUGAUCGAGCAUUGAGAAAGCAGCAACAGUUAAACAAUCUUGUGUAUGUGGUGACAAAUCAAGCCAAACCUGGUGACAGAAUUGUGGAUUUCUGCAGCGGUGGGGGUCACCUUGGGAUUAUGCUCGCUCAUAUGCUGCCGUUAUGCCAGGUUACAUUAAUAGAAAACAAGGAAUUGUCAUUAAUUCGUGCUAAGAAGAGAAGUGAUGAGCUAGGUCUAAGCAACAUUUGGUUUAUUCAAGCAAAUAUGGAGUAUUUUACAGGAAUGUUUAAUAUUGGGGUGGCGUUGCAUGCCUGUGGAGUGGCAACAGACAUGGUGAUUGAGCACUGCAUCCAGACACGGGCUGCAUUCGUCACGUGCCCUUGCUGUUAUGGUUUCAUUCAGAAUACCUCCAAGUUUAAUUUUCCAAAAAGUGAACAAUUUAAGAAAACUUUAUCAUACAAGGAACACAUGAUCCUGUGCCGAUUUGCAGAUCAGACAGCUGUCCAGCUUCCACCCCAACGAAGGCUCAUAGGAAAGCAGUGCAUGUGCCUGGUGGAUCUGGACCGAGCAAGAGCUGCAGAAGAACGUGGCUACUCCGUUCAAGUGAUAUCCAUGGAGCCAGAGAGCUGCUCUCCCAAAAAUAACAUGAUCGUUGGAGUCCCCAUUUAGAAGGAGAUAUUCCCAUUUGAUGUUCUGCCAUUUGUCUUCAUGAUGAAAGCCCAGUGGCAUUCAGGAGGUUCUUGGCACAACUAGGAAACAGCAUUAGCCAUCUUGAACCUAUUGUACUCAGGAAGGAAAGCAGCAGGAAAAUCUUUGAAGAAAGGCAGCCUGCAAAGCAUUGCAAAUGCUUUUAUAAUGUGUGAUUAAAAGUCCACUGGUUCUCAUAGUGAGAGUCCCCUGAAGUCUCGGCUGCCAGCAGAAUCAUACUCUCUAGUUGCGGUUCCAUCGCUGGAAUAACCAUUUCCUUCUCAGUUCACAGCUUUUCUGAUCUGGCUAAUGUGGUGUUCAGUUAAAAACAAUGCACUUGUAGCCUUUUAAUCAUGUAGAUGCCCUAGUGGAGGCCAAAAUGAGACUCAGUGGGAUUUGUUUGUUUUAUAUUUCUAACAAUAGUACUUUUUCUAUCAUUGUUUUAAAAAUCUAGUCAGGUAAUUAUAGUAUGAUUAAACUUUUAAGCUAGGGUGAGUUGGAUUUGUACAUUAUUUCAUAUACUCAAUUUAAAUAUACUUCCUAUAAAUCGCCUAAUGAAAUCUUCUCUGGCUCAAACAUUUUAUAUAAAGACAUUAUAAUAUAAUUGCAGUAUAUUUUCCAUUAUGGACAUAUAUAAUUUGGACAUAAAUUCUAGCUAAUCAGUAAAUACAUUAAUUAAAUCAUUAUUGAGGAUCCCAUUAUUUUCAAGAAUCUGAAAAAGAUUACUGAAUUAGUUAAGUUCUUUAUAUCAUAAUGAUCACAGGAUUUGUUUUUCAGAUAUAAGUCAUAUUUGGGGGAUAUAGCUUAUUGAAUAUAAAUCAGAGGUGGAGAAAUACAGUAUAUAUAAGCUUAUUUGAAUAGUUCUCUCUACCCAAAUUCUUAUUCCAUCGGCCAAAGGUUUUAAGGACAGAUGGCAUGUCCUUUCUCACAAUCUGCUUUUUUCUUUUUAACAUGUCCUAGGCCCGUGGUUGGCAAACCACGGCUCACAAGCCACAUGCUGCCCUUUGGCCCCUUGAGUGUGGCUCUUCCACAAAAUACCACGUGUGGGAUUGCAACUUUCGUGGCUCAUAUGCAAAAGUCUGUUUUUGGCCUGGAUGAGUCUGUUUUGAAAAAGUGGCGUUAGAACACUCAAGGGGCCAAAGAGCCGCCUAUGGCUCACAAGCCCUGGUUUGUCUUGGGCUAUUCCAUUUCAGAUAAGAUUUAUUUCAUUAUUGUUGACUAGUAGUCCCUGAAUCUGUGUGCCAGUAGCUCUCUGUGGGGCCUGGCUGCUCCACACUCACUGCCCAGAGGCUCUCCAUAGCCCAGAGGCCCAUCCAUGGCCAGGUGUGGCAGCGAUGCAGCAAGCAUUGCGCCAGGUUGUUCACGCUGCUCGCUUUUAGCGGCCACCCUCCCGGGACUGGGAGACUCUGGCGGGGCUGAGAGGACUGGAUGCCACCAUCUUGUGGCUAUGGGCGCCACCAUCCUUUGUGAUGGAAUGAUGGUUAAUUUGCAUAUUACCCUUUUAUUAGAUAGGAUGGUUUCAACUCUUUUAUUACAUACCAUGAGGAGAAAGGUCUUUAAUAAAUAACUCUUUUAUCGCUGUGGGGUAAAAUACAGGGGAAAAAAAUUAUGAAAGUGGGGAUGUAUUCUUAUUUUCUGGGAUGAAAUUUGAGAAAAGAAUUAAUCAUCCACCCUGAGUAGUCAUUUGCACCUAUAAACACACUAUGCUCUUAUCCUCAGCUUCUUAAAAAUUAAGGUGUAAUUUACAGACAGCAAAAUAACAGAUUCUAAGUGUUCUAUUUGAGAGGUUUUGACAGCAGUGUACAUCGGUGCAACCACCACUAAUAAGCUAUAGAAUAUUUCCAUCAAAGUUCUCGCAUAUUCCUUUCAUUUCAAUAUCCUUCACCCUAACUUCUCUGAUCCUAUCACACUUCAUGUGUUCAGCCUAUUUUUGUCCUUCGAAAUAAAUCAAGUCAUUUAGUAUGUAGUCUUUUGUAUCUGAAUUCUUUUGCUCAAAGGUAUUUUUGAAAAAUAUUCACAUUAUUCCAUUAUUUAUAUAAUUCGUGCACGGGAAGGGUCCCUAGGCCUGGCUGGUGAUCAGGGUCAAUCUGUAGGACAACCAGCUGGAUGAUCAGAGCUCCCGCUCGCACCCACGUUGGCUGGCCGCUGCUGCUGGUCCGGGCCUGCAGGCUGGGGACAGCUCCUACAUUGAGCAUCUGCCCCCUGGUGGUCAGUGCACAUCAUAACAACUGGUCAUUCUGCCAGUAGUUCUGCUGUUCAGUUGGUUUGCAUAUUACGGUUUUAUAUACAUAGAUAUUAAAAUUUGUUUACCCAUUCUCCUGUUUGUAUUUAUUUGUACUGUUUCCUUUUUGAGGAUAUUAUGAAUGAAGCCUGUGAAUGUUCUUGUACAAGUCCUUUUGUGGAUAUAUAUUUUUUAUCUCUCUUACAUACCUAGUAGUGGAACUGCUGGGUCAUUAAUAAAUGAGUGUCAGUUGCCAAACAAUUUUCCAAAUGGUUUUACCAUUUUAUUUCCCACCAGCAACAUAAGAAAGUUCUAGUUCUCUAAACUCUCUCCAACAUUUGAUAUUGCCUGUCUUUUAUUUUAACCAUUCUGGUGGAUGUGGAAUGGUAUUCCAUCAUGGUUUCAAUUUUCAUUUCUCUGAUGACUAGUGAUGUUAAGCAUCAUUUGAAAAUGUCUGUUAAAGAGUUUUGCUCAUUUGUAAAAUUAGGUCAACUGAGCUUUUUAUUAUUGAUUUAUAAGAGUUCUUUAUAUGUUUUGGAUAUGAGUCUUAUCAGAUAUAUGCAUUGAGAAUAUUUUUCCCAGUCUGUGGCUUACCUGCUCAUUUUCAUAAUGAAUGGUUUAAUUUUCAUGAAGCCUAAUUUAUAUCAUUUUAUAAUCAAAUAUUUUAUGUGUCCUCUUUAAUAAAUCUUUACCUACUGUA